UGGCAUCUCCGGUAGCCCAUGUGCGCCCCUGUUGUCCCUUCAACGGUCAAAGAAAAAGGGGAUCUGAUGGCGCCCGUGGAGAGGAUGGAACCUAGACAGCAACACUACUAGCAGUCACUUUGCCCUUUGCAGUCCCUGCCAUCCUCCAUUCCCUUCCCCUCUCGGCCGGCUCCCAUUUCCAAGCUAGAUCUGUCUGAUUCGGUGGCGCUCCGGCCGGGAAUCUGCAGCAAGAACAGAGUGUUGAGCCGCCGCUGUGAGGAAUUGUGGUCGCGGUUGCUCGGACGAUGCAAGCGACGGCGCGGCAGGUGGAGGACAAGGAGUGCUACAGCUACACCACCAAUGGCGCGGGCAACGGGCGGCCGCAGCGCAAGAACCCGGCCGCGUCGUCCAGGCUCAAGCCGAUGCCGUCCAAGUGGGAGGACGCGCAGAAGUGGCUCGUGGGCAUGUCCAACGGCGGCGGCGACGGGAUGCACGGCGGCGGCGGCAAGGCGUCCAAGCCCCGCAACUCCAACGCCGACGACCGGCGCCUCCUGAGCUCGUCGUCGCAGAACGGGCGCAUCUCCUGCAGCAGCGUGGACGGCGGCAUCGAGUACAACAUGGUGGCGGCGCCCCCGACGCCGCCGCAGCUGGGCGAGGACGACGUCGGGGAGACCAAGAACAUGGACUGCAUGGUGCGGCCGCACGGCUCGCCCGUGUCGGUGUGCCUGCGGGACAUGGGCACCGAGAUGACGCCCAUCGCCAGCAAGGAGCCGUCCAGGGCCGCCACGCCGCUGCGCUCCACCACGCCCGUCGCGCGGAGCCCGAUACCGUCGCGGUCGUCCACGCCGGGGAGACGGCGGCAGCAGGACGCGCCGCCCGCGGGCGUCGUUGGCUCCGACGUGGUCAGGACGGCGGAGCAGGCGGCGGUAAGCAACAAUGCCGUCGGUGCCCGCGAGGCCGACAGGGACAGCGACGGCGGGGCGGUAGGUGGCGCUCCGAGAGCCAACACGCUCGAGUCCCGCGCGGCGGCAUGGGACGAGGCCGAGCGGGCCAAGUUCAUGGCGAGAUACAAGCGCGAAGAGGUGAAGAUCCAGGCCUGGGAGAACCACGAGAAGAGAAAAGCCGAGAUGGAGAUGAAGAAGAUAGAGAUGAAGGCGGAGCAGAUGAAGGCGCGGGCGCAGGAGAAGCUGGCCAACAAGCUGGCGACGGCGAGGCGGGUGGCCGAGGAGAAGCGGGCGGUGGCGGAGGCGACGCUGAACGAGGGCGCGGCGAGGACGUCGGAGAAGGCGGACUAUAUUAGAAGGACCGGCCACCUGCCCUCCUCCUUCUUCUCCUUCAGAAUCCCAUCACUCUGCGGCUGAACUCACUCCCCUAAUCCCUAUACAGACAGUCAGAUUCGUAGGGAUCCCCGUAUAUGCACCUUGCUGGAGUGGAGUUCUUACAUCACUGCUUCAUUUUGUGUCCAAUGUAGUAAUGUUGGGGCGGAUGCACUUUCAGUUUUAUAUAUGAUCCACAGAGCCUGCUUCUCGGCUCCCAACAAAGAAAAA